UAAACAUCGUUAGAUAUAAAAUUGACAAACGCGCGCGGGAGGGGUUUGAUUUCACAGAGUAAUAAAAUGGUGCAAACUGAUCCAAACGAUGUCGUGAUUUUGAAACAAAUUUAAUUUCAAACAAUCUGCUUAGGGCUAUCGUCGGACAGUACUUGUUAACGUACAGUUUGUGUUCAAAUGUGGACUCACGUGUUACUGUGAACGGAUUUUAGAUUAAUUAAUGCACGUGGUAGAAAUAAUCGAUUAAUUGUUAAGGCUUUCUUGUCUUGGUAUACGGUGAUGAUUUAUGCAAGGAGUUUGUGUCAGCGGAGAUAAGAGGAUGAUAAUUUAGAGACAACUUGGAUGGGCACGAAGUUGAUUACAACUAACCGGUGGAUUGUUGUUCUAAGCGGGCUUGCUUGAUCAUCGCCUCAAGGUUCGAACGCAAUCUGGCAUCUCUUCAUUGACCUGCAUUUGACCUUCAAUGGUUUUCGCCUAACACGUGGGUAAAAAACAACAUCGACAAAAAACACCAAACGAAGCGCAGCGAUCCGUGAAGUCUUAUAUUCAUUUUAAUUUUUUUUUUUUAAUACAAAAAUCGGAAAAAGGUUGUAUGAAAUCUAGGCACACAGUUAAGUUUCAAGUAGUAUUCAGUUCAAGAUGUAUUCGCGGUAUAAUAAAGGAAGUAAAAUCAACUGUCCUACAAUCUGACACUUUCGUACUGCAUGUUGUGAGCCGAGUGGAAAAACCUGAUCUUAUAAAAGCGGAUACAAAAAAGUCCACAAACGAGCUCAAUAAUAUUAUUUUCAAACUGAACACCGCCUUUGCGUGUUUCGACACAAUAAAUGACAAUUCAGUAGUUUUGCUCUGGGUAGCUCGUGGUGGCAUAAUAAAACAAAUCUUCGUAGAGCGUUCAGCAAAUAAACGUUGUACAGCUGUCAAUAUUGUCGAAUGUUUACACAAGCAUUCGAAGAUUCUUCAAAAACAUUCAAAUGAAAAAAUGGUACGUCCGUUAUCUUGAUAAAAUAUUACAAUCUCAAGAUCUGAUUAUUUUCUACUCCACGAUCUAGUAAGCUACUUGGGUAUUCAUAGUCAUUUACGACUCUGCAUACCGUUAUCAUCAUCGAAAGCACGCGUGUAAAAGACGGGCCCGGACAGUAGGACCCGAGACCUUUCAGCAUACUGAUGCAGCUAGACAACUUGGGCGAAACCGACAUCUGGGGACUUAAAGACUCGUAUACAUGGUGAAAUAUAAAUGCAUAUCCUUUUAUCGGUGUUGAGUAAACACGUUUGGAUUUUAUACUAACUGACUGCUGAGUGAAUCAACAUUUGACCAUCUUUAAGAAUGAUUUGAUUAUUUACUGAAUAAAAGGUGACGAACAUAUUAAACAUACAUAUCUGUUUAUGAAGGAUUGUCUUCGUCGCAUCUGUUGUUUUCUGGUUUGGGAUUCUCGGAGACCAGAAAACACUCGCGGCAUCGCUCUGGCUCACGGAUCAGCUGUAUGAAAAGUUUUGUCAAGCCUGAUAUAUCAUCGCGAUAUCAAAGACAAUCAGUUCCGGUGUCUUGGCAAACAGUCGCAAACAGAUUCAGAGUCUAAUUUUCGCAAUACAAAACGGUUCUACAAGUAUACGUCGAACGAAUUGGUGCGGUGUGAUAUCAUUUGUAUAUACUAGUCUUAACGCUAUAGCUUGGAGAGGACUGACCAUCAUUAUUGUUAAACACCAGACGGAACCAUCGCCAAGCUGGAAAUAAUGCGACUCACGCCGACGCCGACGGCCCUGUCACUGCCGCCGAUGCCGUCAUUGCAGUCACUCCAGUCCUUACACACACUUCCGGUGUCCUUGUCGGGAUCGGCUGGGGAAACGCUGAUCUACUACACGCUCUCUCAACCGCCGCCGACAACACCAAAUCUCACAAGUCUCGUCGGCGGUUUCACGCACGCCGGAUUGCCGCAGCUUAGUCCCUCCAUCCGACAAAAUGUGACGCCUACGUUGAGCCCCGGCGGCGUGUCGCCUAUGAGCCCGGGGCUUAGCCCGACGACGACAGGCAUGGUUCCGGACAUUAUGCAUCUUAUUAACUACGGCGAUAAAGACAUGGGGCUGCUACUGUCUCAAAGGAUGGAGCUGGUUUGGCACGGUGAGUUCGACCGCCUGUUCUCGCAGUACUUCCCCCACAUGUGGUGCCUCGUACCCACGUUCUACCCCCCGGGGGAGACAUGGAGGACGUUCAAGGACAGCGCCAAGGUCCGGUUCUCAUGCCAGGACUGCGGCCAUGGGUGGACAUCCAUGAAAGGCCGCGUGAUCUUCUGGUUCGAGCUUAACUAUGCCACAAACUCCGGCUGCGUAAUGUUCAAGCUGUACGGACAACAGUGCCAGAAAUGCAAGACCGGAAAGUUCGAGCACGCCAUGUGGUACCCGGAGGAAGUCGUUAAGGUGGUUGGCAACGUGUACAACCGUGUGGGCCAGAUCUACUACGGCUUCGUGCGCCCCCCUCUCCGUAUCGACCGGCGAGUGGGUAAACCCCGUAACCAGCACAACUCCGAGCUCUGCCAAGCCUGCAAAGAGGGCCUUUGCAAAGAGGAGUGGUCUUUUUCGUGACGUCACUUUUAUGACUUCAUAGGCUCGUGAUAACUUGGUCACGUCCGGAUACUUCGGGGGCCUUUACAGAGCAUCGUUAAUUGACGUCGUUCGAACGAGCGCUUGAUCAAAUCAAAACUGAAAGCACGUCAGCUGAGACUUGUUGUGGUGACGUCAUUAUAAUAUACGCAAAACCUGCUUUUAUCAAAAAAUUAUUCAUGCGUAUAUACAUGAUUGCAUCUACAUAUCAAAAUUGUGCUGGUUAUAAAUUGUUAAUCCUUGUUCAAUGAUAGUGUUAUAUUUAUGCCUGUUAUGCCAUGUAAAUUAAAUGAUUUUGUUAGGUAUAUUAGGUAGUAUAUAUCCAUGUUACUAGAUGCUAAUUUUAUUUUACUGCUUGUGAAAAAGUAAUAUAUAUUUUAUACAUUUUUAUUCUAUAUUUUCUGAGCUGUGUAGUAUUAAUUAUGUUUAAAAUAAGUUUUAUGAAUUUUUGACAUUAUGAAAUCAAAUUAUGUUUUAUGUAACAGACGGAGUACAUCUUUAAGAUGGCGAUUCAUGUUUUAUAUACAUGCGUGUAUUUAUAGCUUUAAACAAAAUUUCAUAUCAUUCGCGUGUAUUUGAUUUUUUUUAAUACGGUUUUGUGAUAAUUAUGGAGCGAGAGAUAAGCAAAUAACGAAUAAGGGCGCGUUUUGUAUUUGAACAUUCCAUUAACAAAUGUACAUCCAGGACGGUGAGUGCGUUUCUUAUAUUUGGUACAUAUAGUUUACGAGUUUAAUAAAGUACAAAAACUUUGGAUUUGUAGAACAUAUUAUAGAACACUCGUUGGUUGUGACUGGAAUAAAGCAAAUGGUUGUGAUUAUAUAUUACCAAAAUCGUAUCACAUUUUCUUACAUGUAUUUACUGUUAUAGUGCAAGUUGCUGUAAAUUAACAUAUUCAUGCCGCAUAUGCAAUUUAACAUCAUACUGUUUUAUAUUAAUGAGACCAAAUUCAUGCUUCGCCAAAGCAAAGUUUAUGUUUGUUUUAUUUGGGUUGAAUUGUUUUAUUUGGGUUGAAUGAUUUUAAAAAGCAUAAUGUUCUUCAACGGACCUGAUUAAUAUUCAAUUUAUCAUCUUUUUGUUUAAAAACUGAUAAUUAUAUUGGUUGAUGACUUUUAUUAUUAAAGACGAUUGUGAGUGUGCAUUCCCUUUUUUAAAAUAGUCGGUUUUGUACUUUGAAAAACAAGUAAAUUGUUCAAACACUUAAAACAAAAACAGAAUAAUGAGUAUCGUGCUAACCAAAAAUCUAAUCUUACGUCCAAGCAUUUCGAUAAUCUGAAAAGAUCAAUGAUCGAGUUAUGUGCUGAUAUUCGUGAAUAUAUGUCAACUAAUGAAGUGUUUAAGAAUAUAGCAUAAUUGUGGCCUUCUACAUUCUAUAUAUUUUUGUUCUUCGUUAUGCAAUGUGUGUAUGCUUAAAUCCAACAUAUUGGAAUUUGAUAGUUUGUUGUCAUACUUUAAUUUUUAAGACAAUCUAGGAUUGUUUGUAAAACCAGAUUCGCUAGUACCUUGGCAUAAUUCUUUGUUUUUUUUCAUUAAUAAGCCAACAGUUAUUACCGAGAAUUGCUAAAUAAAGGUAUUCCGGUGAGCUCUAAAGAGUCAUGUUCUGAGAAAACUGGACAUAAUGCAUGUGCGUAAAGUGUCGUCGCAGACAAGCAUGUGCAGUCUGGAACUACACUUUCCGCCUAAAUUUGAUUUUUAACUAAGAAGUGACUUCAUUUAAAUGACAAAUUUUAUUAAAGCGGAAUGUGUCGCCCUUGCUUAGCCUGUAUGGACUGCACAGGCUAAUCUGGGACGACACUUUACGCACAUGCAUUAUGCCCAGUUAUCUCAGAACGCGACUCAAAUGUAUUUCUCCGAUGCAGUUUAAUUGUAACGGUCAAGUGUCACACUUUGCGGUUGAGUUCAAAUUAUCCCUGAACGACAGAAUUAACAGAAAUGUAUUUUUGUUUGAAAAAUAUAAUGAUUUUGAUAUUAUGCGCUUGCCUGUAAAAUAACGUUGAUUUGUCUAUCCGCGAUUUAUUUUUUCUCUCGACAUGAAAACCAACAAAUAUUCGUGAAAUCUGCAACGUGAAUAUAUAUUGAAAAACACAAACACACAAUCCAUUUUAUAGUCAGUUUCAGAAAAAAAAUCGAACUUGAUCAAAGCUUCCAGAUUAAUUAAAAUCUGGAAAGAAAAGCCAAGCACAUUAUGCAAAGUGAAUAUAUUGCUAAAAAUCAUUUUUUCUCACUUAUAUCCUUAUAUUCAUGUUAUUUUUCAAAUAUUUUGUCUUUUGUUGUUGUUAACAACCGUGUGCUCAUGUUUUGUCUUAGAAAGUAUUAUUAUUUGCAUUUUUAUUAUUUUUAUCAGUGUUUUGGCAUUGAACUUGGGUGUGCCUUACCCAUAAUGUUUCCACAAUUUGUUUUGCUUUUUAUUUGUGUUUGUGUUUUGUUUCCAAAUUAUUAGAUCUUUUCAUGUUUCUAUCAGUUUUGAUUGCUAACUAUUUUAAAACACGUACAAACAAAUUACUCUUUGAUAAACGUUUUAAUUAAAAUUAAAUCAUAUCGUUGAAACUUAUACGACCAACUAUGUGUCACUCUUAUACAUACUUCCGCAUUAUUUUCAUGGAAAUUCUUUCAAAUUUUGAUUAUUAACAACGAAUAUCAAUGUUAUUGCUUUUUAAACUUGUAAUGAAUUUGUGUUCACUAUCCAUUUUUAGAUACAAAUAAAUCAUAUAAGUGAAAUAUAAA